CCCUGCCCGCGGCCGGGCCAUGGCGGGCCCGCGGCUGGAGCCCGAGCUGGCCAGGCAGCUCUUCUUCGAGGGGGCCGCGGUCGUGGUGCUGGAUGUGCCCGAGGGCACCGAGUUCGGCAUCGACUACAGCACCUGGGCCGUGGGCCCCAGGUUCCGCGGCGUCAAGAUGAUCCCGCCGGGCGUCCACUUCCUGCACUGCAGCGCGGGGCGGGCGGCCGGCGGCCGGGAGACGGGCCCGCGCACCGGCUUCUUCCUCAGCCUGCAGCGGCGGGAGGUGCGGGUGCUGCGGUGGGACCCCGCCAGCGAGGCGGUGGGCCUGGCGCCCGGGGCCGCGGGGGAGGCCGAGGCCUUCAGAGAGAACCUGCCGGAGCUGGACCAGUUCCUCGGGCCCUACCCCUACGAGACCCUGAAGAAGUGGGUCUCCCUCACCAGCUUCAUCAGCGAAGCGGCGAUGAAGAAGCUGCAGCCGGAGAGCGGGCAGAUCUGCGCCUUCUCGGAGGUGCUGCCGGUCGUGGCCGGGAGGCACACCAGAGACCGGGCCGAGCAGCGCUUGCCGCCCUUCGACGCCGAGUGCCAGAGCUACGCCGAAGGCAUGGCGCGGCUGCCCCAGAUGAAGCCGAAAGCCGGCACCGAGAUCAGGUUCACGGAGCUGCCGAAGCAGAUGUACCCCGAUGGUGCUACUCCGGAGGAGAUAACCAGGCACAGCAUGGACCUCAGCUACGCUCUAGAGAAGGUGAUCAACCAGCGAUACGCCAGCCAGCCUCUGGAUCUGCUCGCUGAGCUGCAGUUUGCUUUCAUCUGCUUCCUGAUCGGGAAUGUAUAUGAUGCAUUUGAGCACUGGAAAAGACUCUUAAACAUCCUGUGCCGAUCUGAAGAUGCUAUAGGGAAGUAUCAAGACCUUUACAUCAAUCUAAUUUCUGUGCUGUAUCACCAGCUCAGUGAAAUCCCAGCUGAUUUUUUUGUGGACAUUGUCUCCCAGGACAACUUUUUAACCAGCACCUUACAGGUGUUUUUUUCCUGCACGUGCAGUGCUGCUGUUGAUGGGACCCUGAGGAAAAAGGCUGAAAAAUUCAAGGCUCACCUAACGAAGAAAUUUAAAUGGGACUUUGAGGCAGAGCCUGAUGACUGUGCUCCUGUAGUGGUAGAACUUCCUGACGGCGUGCAGGUGGACUAAGCAAAAUGCUCGCUGAGAAACAAACAGCUUUUUAAAAGAACAUCUUCUCCAACCUUGCCAGCUUCCUAAAGUCUGUUUCUGAAGCUGACUCCUCUUUCUGCUGUAGAAGCAGAUGUGGAAAACCCAGGAGGAUUCCUAACUUUGCGAGGAGACCAGAACUAUUGGAGGAGUUUGAGUAGUGUCACGUGGCUGCUUUGGACGCCUUUUUUCCCCGCGCCCCCCGAGCUCUUCUGCAGCAUCUCCUCACUCUGUACUCAGCUGACCUCUAGAUCCCUGGUCCCUUCUGUCCUCCUGGGCUGGAGGUGACACCCUGUUUGGAGAGCAUCUGUGGUUUACACUUGAAGCUUUUGCUGCUCUGAUUUGAUGCUUCCUGAGCGAGGAGUGUAAGCCCACGUGACUGGUCAUUGCAGCUUUUGACAGCCCGAACCCAGGCUGUGAACUGAGAAGUUCUGCUCUUCCUAGGUUUGCAUUACAGGGAUGUAACCACAACUGUUUCAAAACUGUGUUGGAUGCUUAUGCUGCUUACUGUGAUUUAUUGCAAUGAUCUGUUGUGGAGGAGGACUCAAAACCACGGCAAAAUUCCUCCUAUUUCAUACCCCUAAUACUGAGGUAUCUUAUUCCUUCCAUUCUGUUAAAGCCUUUUGUAUUUACUGCUGACACUCUGUUUAGCGUGAUAUAAAAGAAUGUUAACAGUUUGGUAACAAGAAACAGAGUUAUUGGACAGUAGUCACCCAGGUCUUGAAGAAGGGAGCCAGCAUGAGAUAAAAGGUCAGACUUCCAUGUGAACUGGAUCCUCUGUUUUGUUAUAAUGGGAAAUCUUACAUGUUUUCACUGGCGACAGUCUCUUCUUUCUGCCCAUUUCCCACAGGUAGGCUGUAAGGAAACUUGCGGUGCUCGCUCAGAGCUGCACAGGGACUUAGUCCUGCCACUCGCUUGUUACUUUCUCGGCUGUUAGACUCCUUCAGGAAUUUGUCUGUAUGCAUGUCUAACAAGAUAAUGCUGUUUGUUAGUCUUUUAUAGUUCAAAAUAAAUCUCAAGAGAGCCUUG